UUCAUUCUGCUCUUUCCUCCUGUUCCCUCUCGCUUUAGGAAAGCAGAGGAGAGUGGGACUGAGUAAGGAGGAGACGUGUGCACACCACAGCCACUCCACGGAGCCAAGGCAGGAUAAGAGUUUGCAAGGAGACAAUAAGAGCAGGAAAACUGUUUUUCUUUUCAAGGUGGAUAGCAAACAGAAAACAAAAACUAGAAUAUAACUACAGGAUUUGCUUUCUUUUAACUCAUCUGAGGAAAUUAGAUUUGUUUUCUGUAUAUUCACAGAAAAUAUACAGUUCAAUUUUAGCAGGACUCCUUAGGAAGUGGACUGGAAGACAUAAGUCAAGCUGGGAUUGUGGUGACUAUGCCAAACAGAGGGAUGUUUUUUGGAAGGAACAAACUGGAACUGUGCAUGUGGGGCUUGCUGCUGUGCAUCCUGCUGAUGGGCAGCGUGGGUGCCUGCCCUGCACUGUGUACCUGCAGCGGCACCACAGUAGACUGCCACGGGCUGGGGCUCAGGACCAUGCCGAGGAAUAUCCCACGCAAUACCGAGAGGCUGGAGCUGAACGGUAACAAUCUCACACGCAUCACCAAGACUGACUUCGCUGGUCUCAAAUACAUCCGAGUUCUGCAGCUGAUGGAGAAUCAGAUUACUGUGAUUGAGCGUGGCGCUUUUGAUGACAUGAAGGAGCUCGAAAGACUGCGCCUGAAUCGUAAUCAACUGCAGCAGCUUCCAGAGUUGCUCUUUCAGAAGAAUCCUGGCCUAUCUCGACUAGAUUUGAGCGAGAACCUCAUCCAGUCCAUCCCAAGGAAAGCUUUCAGAGGAGCUACAGACAUCAAAAACCUUCAGCUGGAUAAAAACCACAUCGCCUGCAUCGAGGACGGAGCAUUCAGAGCUUUGCGUGGCUUGGAAGUGCUAACCUUGAACAACAACAACAUCAGCAGCAUCCCAGUUUCCAGCUUCAACCACAUGCCCAAACUGCGAACCUUCCGUCUCCACUCCAACAAUCUCAACUGUGACUGUCAUCUAGCCUGGUUGGCCCAGUGGCUCCGGCAGCGGCCUACCAUUGGUCUGUUCACUCAGUGCACAGCACCGCCUGAGCUCAAAGGUCUUAAUGUGGCGGAGGUUCAGAAACACGAAUUCAGUUGCUCGGGUCACCAGGAUUCAUCCAGUUCACAACCAUGCAACAUAGGUGGUGGUUCCUGUCCUGCCAUGUGUACCUGCAGUAACAACAUCGUGGACUGCAGAGGGAAAGGUCUGACUGACAUCCCAGCCAAUCUGCCGGACAGCAUGGCUGAAAUACGUCUGGAGCAGAACGGGAUAAAGACAGUUCCUCCAGGAGCCUUCUCUCCCUACAAGAAGUUGCGCAGGAUUGACCUGAGCAACAACCAGAUUUCGGAGAUCGCCCCGGAUGCCUUUCAGGGGUUGCGCUCCCUCAACUCGCUUGUGCUAUAUGGAAAUAAGAUCACCGACCUGCCCAAGGGUGUCUUUGAUGGCCUCUAUGCCCUGCAACUACUUUUGCUGAACGCCAACAAGAUUCACUGCGUCCGUGCCAACACCUUUCAGGACCUGCAGAACCUCUCGCUCCUGUCGCUGUACGACAACAAGAUUCAAACUCUGGCCAAGGGCACUUUUACAUCAUUGCGAGCCAUACAGACCCUUCAUCUGGCCCAAAAUCCGUUCAUUUGCGACUGUAACUUGAAGUGGCUGGCAGACUACCUGCGCUCCAACCCUAUCGAGACCAGCGGCGCCCGCUGCGCCAGCCCCCGUCGGCUGGCCAACAAACGCAUUGGGCAGAUCAAGAGCAAGAAAUUCCGCUGUUCGGCCAAGGAGCAGUACUUCAUCCCAGGUGCCGAGGACGCCCGGCUGAAUAACGCCUGCAACAGCGAUCCGGUGUGUCCUCCCAAGUGCCGAUGUGAGUCCAACGUGGUAGACUGCUCCAACCUGAAGCUCACUAAGAUCCCGGAGCAAAUUCCUUCAUCCACCACUGAACUGCGCCUCAACAACAAUGACAUCACCACUUUGGAGGCCACCGGAGUGUUCAAGAGCCUAACGCAGCUGAAGAAAAUCAAUCUCAGCAACAACAAGAUCACAGAGGUCGAGGAUGGUGCCUUUGAGGGCGCCUCAUCCGUCAAUGAGCUUCACCUCACAGCCAAUCAAAUUGACACGGUCAGGAGUGAGAUGUUCCGUGGCCUGGAGGGGCUGCGAAUGCUAAUGCUGAGGAACAACAAGAUCAGCUGUAUUCACAAUGACAGCUUUACCGGCCUUCACAACGUGCGUCUUCUGUCGCUCUACGACAACCAGUUGACCACUAUCACCCCUGGAGCGUUUGAUACUCUGCAGACUCUCUCCACCCUAAACCUUCUGGCCAACUCCUUCAACUGUGACUGUCGGUUGUCCUGGCUGGGAGACUGGCUGAGGAGCAGGAAGAUCGUUACGGGCAAUCCUCGCUGCCAGCGUCCAGCCUUCCUCAAGGAGAUCCCCUUGCAGGAUGUGGCAUUGCCUGAUUUCCGCUGUGAAGAAGGCCACGAGGAGUCAAGCUGCGUGCCCAGACCUCAGUGCCCCAGCGAGUGUACUUGCCUGGAGACAGUGGUUCGCUGCAGUAACAAACACCUGCACACACUGCCCAAAGGAAUCCCCAGAAAUGUGACGGAACUGUAUCUGGAUGGUAACCAGUUCAGCGUGCUACCAAAAGAACUUUCAUCUUUUAAAUUCCUUCAGCUGGUGGAUUUGAGUAACAACAAGAUCAACUCUCUGACCAACUCGUCGUUUGCCAACAUGAGCCAGCUCACCACGUUAAUCCUAAGCUAUAAUUCCUUGCGGUGCAUACCCAAAUUGGCCUUCAGUGGACUGCAUUCACUCCGGCUACUGUCUCUCCAUGGCAACGAAAUCUCUGAGCUACCUGAUGGCAUCUUUGGUGACGUGGCCUCGCUUUCUCACUUGGCAAUUGGCGCCAACCCGCUGCACUGCGACUGCCGGCUACGCUGGUUGUCUGACUGGGUCAAAACCGGAUACAAAGAGCCCGGUAUUGCCCGAUGUGCUGGUCCACGUGGUCUGGAGGGAAAAUUGCUUCUAACCACACCGGCAAAGAAGUUUGAAUGCACAAGUGAGGUGGACACAGCGGUGCUGGCCAAGUGUAACCCAUGUGUAUCCAGCCCAUGUCAGAACCAGGGUGUGUGUCGUACUGACCCGGUGGAUAUCUACAGGUGCAGCUGUGCUCCAGGAUUCAAGGGCAAGAACUGUGAGACAGCUCUGAAUGCCUGCGUUAGCAACCCUUGCGCCAAUGGAGGGCGAUGCCAGGUGAAUGAUGAAGAGGAAGGACAAUACAGCUGCACAUGCCCGCUGGGUUUCGAAGGUCCCUCCUGCCAGACCAACAUCGACGACUGCGAAGAUAACGACUGUGAGAACGGUGCUACCUGUGUGGAUGGCGUCAAUAAUUACACUUGUUUUUGUCCCCCCUACUACACAGGGGAGAUGUGCGAGGAAAUGGAAGAUGUGUGCGCCCCAGGACGAAGCCCCUGCAAACAUCAGUCUACCUGCCUCAUCACCUCCUCUGGGCCCAAGUGCAUGUGCGCUUCCGGUUAUGUGGGCGAUGACUGCAGUGUGGACUAUGAUGACUGCCAGGAUCAUCGCUGUCAGAACGGAGCCCAGUGUGUGGAUGAGCUGAAUGGGUACAUGUGCCAGUGUGAGGAAGGUUAUAGUGGUCAGUUGUGUGAGGUUCCUCCUUCACUGCUGUCCCUUUGCGAGCUUGCUGACUGUCAGAAUGGUGCCCCCUGUGUGGAAAGGGGAGGCCGCGCUCUCUGCCAGUGUCCCCCGGAGUUUGGCGGGCCACGCUGCGAGAAGCUUGUCAGCGUAAACUUUGUGGACCGAGACUCUUACCUACUGCUCUCCGACCUCAAGAACUGGCCGCAAGCCAACAUCACCCUGCAGGUGUCCACGGCUGAGGACAACGGUAUCCUCCUGUACAACGGAGACAAUGAUCACAUUGCCGUGGAGCUAUACCAAGGUCACGUAAAGGUCAGCUACGACCCAGGCAGCCAGCCCGGCCACGCUAUCUACAGUGCUGAGACCAUCAACGACGGUCAGUUCCACACAGUGGAAUUGGUCACGUUGGACCAGAUGGUGAACCUGUCUAUUGACGGGGGUCUCCCCACCACUAUGGACAGCUUCGGAGCGGUGCGGCCCCUCAACGGAGAGGCUCCACUAUACGUGGGGGGUAGGGGCCCUCUCCAGAACACACCUCCCUCCUCUUCAGGGAUGCCCGUGGGCAUGCACCCAGGCGCCUUCCGUCUGUGGCAGAUCCAGAACAGCUCAAGCUUCCACGGCUGCAUCCAGAACCUGUACAUCAAUAACGAGCUGCAAGACUUCACCAAGACCCAGAUGAAGCCUGGUGUGGUGCCGGGUUGCGAGCCGUGCAAGAAGAUCUACUGCGUACACGGCAUCUGCCAGCCUGACGGUCUACAGGGGCCCGUGUGCCACUGCCAGCCUGGCUGGGCCGGACCGCAGUGCGACCAGCUCGCCACUAACCCCUGUCAGGGCAGCAAGUGCGUCCACGGUCGGUGCAUCCCACUGGACGGUCAGUCGUAUCGCUGCGAGUGUAUCGAAGGCUACCGCGGUGCGCUGUGCAACCAGCAGGGAGAGCUUUUCAACCCCUGCCGCCGGCUGUCCUGCAAGCACGGCCGCUGCCAGAUCUCAGACACUGGAGAUGCCUACUGCCACUGUGAGAAUGGCUACACCGGCGAACUCUGUGACACAGAGUCGGCAUGCCGGGGCGAGCCCAUGCGGGAUUUCUACCAAGUGCAACGGGGCUACGCCAUCUGCCAGACGACGCGCACUGUGUCCUGGGUGGAGUGCACCGGCGCGUGCGAGGAGGGCGCCUGCUGCGCCAGCCAGCGGAUGAAGCGCCGGAAAUAUACGUUCGAGUGUAGCGACGGCACCAGCUUCACUGAGGAAGUGGAGAAGAGCAUCAAGUGCGGCUGCGUGGCCUGUGCCGUCUAGAACACGAUGGGAAAAAAAAGAGAUUCUAAAGAUUAUAUAUAAAACCUCUAUCUAUAUAUUAAGGACUCUGACGCUUGUAAAAUAGAACACGUGCUUUGUGAGCAGCGGGAUCACAGUGUGUCAACUCAAAAAGGCUCCUGAGAUCAACCCCCACUGACACACAUACCCCAAAACAGCAGUGAGGAAAGUAUGUAAUGAAAGAAGAAGAGAGCUGGACCAUUGGGCAAGCCAAGUCACAUGACAGGAAGGUGAUUGUUUGUUACACACAUACCCACAGGCAUACACGGAAUAUGUUCGAGUGGCACAUAAUCGAGAGCGGAUGAGUGACUUCAAUACAUGAGUUUCUGGGGUUGACGAGUUACCCAGCAUGCUUAAGCCCCUCCUUCCAGCAGGGGGCGCCACAUCCACUUGAUGCCCACAGAAAUACAAGCAAGAGGAGACAAGAAAAACCACAUAAAACUUUGUGAUUACUUUUUUUUUGGGGGGUGAAUCAUAUGAAUUUCUUACUUUUGUUUUAUUUGAUUUCACAAUGUAACCUUUACAAUACAAAAACACUCCCGUUUAUAUAGAAAUGCCUAACAGAUUCUAAUAUAUAUAUAUAUUUCUUUUUCUUUUUUUUUUGGUAUAGUAUUUUUCUAUUUUAAGUGGAAUGUUGAUGGUAAAAGGCGUUGCCUUGGAUUUUUGUUUUUUGUGUCCAGCAUUUAAUGGCAAAUGGUAACACACGUGCACACAUCUAAAUUAGAAUAUCAUGGGAAAAUUGGCAGUUCAAAUCAAAAUAUAAAGCUCAUGAUACAAAUUUCAUCUUCAUACAGUGAAAUUUUUAUUAGGUCCAUUCCUGCCUGGUUUCUACAUUAAAAGCCUUUUCUAAUCAAUAGUAUUUUUUGAGAGAAGUUGAAUUUUGUUUUUACGUGAGCCAUGAGCUGUAAUUUUCGAACUAUAAGCUGCUACUUUUGAAUCCUUAUGGUCCAGUGCGGCUAAUUUGCUGAUUUAUUUGGGUUAGUAGUUAACUUUUCUUUUUUUUUUGAUAGCGGCAUCAUAAGACUGUCAUAAGACAAUCAUAAUUAUGACAUGACACUGUCAUGGGUAUUAAUGAAUGCUUACGACGCUGCUUAAAUUCAGAAUUUUUAAUCUUCGAGUUAGCGGGGGUUUAAUUAGUCGUGGUUGAUUUGAACAAAUUCCGUGCAGUUAGUUAGUUAUUAGUUUCAGGGAUCCGGCAUGGCUAAGCUAGCGCGAGUCAAUGGGCCCGUCCUAGCAUGCCAAUAAAAAACAACAUAUGCAUGCAUGAAAAUCAUCGAUGACCCUUGCAAUCAACAACAGUGUUGGCUAUCUUUUCAGGAUGAAAUUAUUAAAACUUACCAUUGCAUGUCAAUAACUGCAGUAUGAACAGCAACAUUUGUCAUCAAGCAGCUCUGUAGGAAACAGGUUUCAGAGCGGAGUGAUAUUUUUCCACGGGUGUGUUUAGGUCGUAACCACCAGCAAGUAUCCAGUUUGUAUUGUUCCUUGUUCUUCAUAGGGAAUUUGUGGAAACUCACCUUUGCCCAUUUCUUCUGUCUGUUUCCACUGCCUUUAAACGCACGUCUGAGUUUUCCAACCUCCAUCCAGGAAAAUAUAAUUGGAAAGCCACUCAAACUGGGAGGCCCUUGCCUCCAAUUCAGAAAAAAACAGUACCCCGACUUCACGAGUUGCUUCAAUGAGACGUCACUCGACAAAAUGCGCUGGCCAUCGAAAAGCAAACCGUCAAAAGUCAAACUAAAGAAGGCAGUUAACAGUGUGAUCUAGUACAGUGAUCCCUCGUUUUUCGCAGUUAAUGGGGACCACAACCCGCCGCAAUUAGUGUGUUCAAUGUAUUCAUUCAGAUUUAGCAUUGGAAAGAGAUACAUAUGACAUUUUUUUCCUUCAAAAUAUAAUUUAAAAAAUAUAUAUUUUAAAAAAAUAGUUUUUAAGCAUUUCAAAUGUAGUGAUUAUGAUAAGUUUUAAAUAUGUUACUGUCCCACCGAAUGAUUUCUAAUCUAAACAAGAAUAAAGUACUGUAGUAGACAAUGCUUGGCUUUAUCAAAUGCUUCAUUGAGUGACUCUACUAACUUAACUCCACUCCUUACUUACACACAAUGAGUUGCCACAGCAACUGUUGAACAAGUUAAACGAUGAUUGACACUUUCGGCCCGUUUGAAGAGCGUGACUCUGGCAAGAUCAGACACAAACAUCAACAUCGUUAACUUUAAAAAGCAACUCCAGUGUACGGCCUGACGAACAAAGAGCAGGGAGAGGGAGAGCGAGAGGGAGCGAUAGCGAGACUGCCCGGUUGGCCGGGACAGCUCAUCUGUAUAAUUAACUUUUUUAAUCGAAAAAAAAAAAUCUGCGAUAGACUGAGGACGUGGAGUUUGAAGCGCGAAGUAGCGAGAGAUCACUGUUUUUACCUUCGCCGUUGUUUUUCCUCCACUAUUUGAUCGCUUACGAGAAGGCAGGUUUGCUGGAGGUCAACGUAUCUUUUGACAGCCAAAAUAAAAAAAAAACACUUGGAAGGCUUUGAGGUCGCAACUGAUACUAUCCGAGUGGGGAAAGUCCGACUUCCCACCUUCCUCGAAUGCAGCAUGAGCACGAGUGGCCGAAGCACUUAUCCCUGUUGUGUUUGCAUUACACAUUCAAAAAAAUAGUCCCGCAGGAAUAAAUGAAUUACGUAAGUUUGGUGUGACAUUGUUUUGGCCGCAUGGGUAUUUUGAACAAUGAUCUGCAUUUUGAAUUUAUUUGACUAUGUUAGUCCUGUUAAUAUCGAUUUUGACUGGCAUGCUAGGAAGGGACCACUGACUCGCACUAGCUUAGCCACUCUGGGCCUUGAAAUUAAUAAAUAACAAACUGCAAGGAAUUUGUUGAAAUCAACUCUACCGACUAAUUUAAAAACUGAAAGAUUAAGCCUAAUGUAAAAAAUUCUGAACUUCCGCUUUAAAGUGUCGUCCGACAAAUUUUGUCACAAACUCCAUUUAUGUCCAGCUGGGAUCUUUUACAUCCAUACAAAGUGAUAUAAUUUGCAGGACGAAACUUAAUGACAUGUCACUAGUAUUCAUUUAUGCUCAUGACAUUGUCAUGUCAUUAUUAUGACAGUGUUAUCAGUAAUAUUUUCGGGUGUAAAUAUAUCCCAUGCGGUUUAUAGUUCGUUGUGGCUUAUCUAUGAACAAAUGCCGUUUUCGUGUCAAAUUUGCUGGUUCACGGCUUAUAGUAAGGUGCGCCUUAUAGUCCGAAAAUUACGGUACUUAUCAAAAUGAGAAAUGGAAAAAGUUUCACUUUUUAAAUCGAGCUACUGAAAUAAAAAAAUAAAUAAAAAACAUACCAUAUUCCAAUAUAUUGCAAUGCACCUGUAUACGUUGUAUAGGACUCUGUCUUGAAAUAUUGUAUAUGUUGUCCUUCAUGUGAAUAUUACAUCCCGUUCAACGCCUCGGCUUGUUUUCGCGCUUUUUUUUCUUUUUAUUUAUUUUUUUGUACUGCGAUGCACUUAAGUGUGUGUUCCUGGUAUUUUCAAAAACAUCAAAAACAAGAAAAAUCUUAAAAUGACAUUUUAAAAACUGCAUUAAAAAUAAUGAAGUUCAACAUGCAUUAUGAGCUGCUGUCAAGCAUGAGUUGUGUUGGUAAAAGAAUGCAACCAUGCAGCCACAAUAAAAGAUGUUUUCUAGCUGAUAUUACAAAAAAAAAAAAAAAGUUCACGUUUUCGUGAGGUGCCAAAUUGCAAUGGGCACAUAGCUGAAUGUAUAAAUGUGUACAGAUAAUAAAUAUGCUUAUUGAUGAAGUGGUAACUCCUAGCUGUCCUUUAGUUUAGAAUGGAUCAAAUACUGUUCCGGGAUUGUGAUUCUGGUAAUGGUGAAACCGUGGGGGCGCUUCCCACCCUCUUAAGCGUGCGCCUCAUAAAAGCGCGCCUUUCAUGGAAUGUGACUUUUUCUUGGCUUCCGUCAGUUCACGUCUCUUUGUGUGCAAGUACAACUUCCUGGUAGCCAUCUUAGUGGUGCUUGUGCUAUAUUGAGAUGUACUUUAACUCAAUCAGUAAGACUCUUAUCCUAUAAGCUAUGAUAUACAUAUGUUCAUGUAAACCACACAAUGUUGUAAAAAGAUUUUUGCUUCUCUUGUCACAGGACUUGAUAGUGGGAUCGAAGUGAAAUGAGUCCCAAAAUGAUGCUGAAUGUAUGUAGUGCCACCGACAAAUUGUUUACCAAACUUCCACUCUUUUAAUUCAUUAAACUUCUGU